AUGUUGCACGAACUGUUACUGGCGCUCCUGGGUCACACCGGAGAUCUUAUAAUUGACGAAAGGGAACACCGAGAAUCGCUUCGAGUUAAUUUAUCCAAAGACGCGCCGCUUGCCGAAGAAUCCACCUUCAAACUCGCGCCCGAUCUGUCCUUCAUCCAGCCCAGCGAUAAGGAAGUUAUUGAGAAGAUAAUUACGCUAGGGUUUUAUUACAGAGAGUUGGACCGUUUUGCUUCCAAGUGUCGAAACUUGAGUUGGAUUAGGUCUUCGAAAGACUCACCAUUGUCGAGUAAUGCUGAAAUAUUGAAAGGGAAAAAGUUGAAGCAGAGUGUCUACCGAAGAGCUGUCGCCAAUGGGAUUGUGGAGGUGCUGUCACUUUACAGAUCUGCUGUUUUACAUAUUGAGCAGAAAUUAUUGUCUGAUUCUCUUCCCAUCCUGGCCUCUGUGACGCAAGGACUCAACAAGUUCUUUGUUCUGUUACCACCACUUUAUGAGCUCAUUCUGGAGAUUGAACACGAUGGUAUCUGUGGUGGGAAACUUCUCAAUAUUUUGCAGAAGCGAUGCCACUGUGGAGUUCCUGAAUUGCAGACGUGCAUCCAGCGGCUUUUAUGGCAUGGACAUCAGGUCAUGUUCAAUCAACUUGCGUCUUGGAUGGUUUAUGGGAUUCUUCACGACCAGUAUGGAGAAUUCUUCAUUAGAAGGCAAGAGGAUAGAGAUUCAGAACACGACUCACCUUCAGACACACUCGAGAAAUUGGCUCGCAUGUCAACCGAAGACAAAUCUCUAACUGAUUGGCACUUGGGAUUCCAUAUCUUGCUGGAUAUGCUUCCAGAAUACAUUCCAAUGCAUGUUGCUGAAUCCAUUCUAUUUGCUGGGAAAGCUAUCAGGGUUCUUCGAAAUCCAAGUCCGACCUUCAAGUUUCAUGAUGCACCGUCUCAUCCUAGAGGAUCACAAAAGAUACAAGGAUUUAAUGGACGUCUUUCUUUCCAAAGGGACUCUUCUGUCUGUACCACGUUGAUUGCCGAAGAAUUACUUCCACAAUCUGAGGCUGACAAGAUUGAGGCUAUGCUUCAGGACUUGAAGGAGUCAUCCGAGUUCCAUAAGAGAUCAUUUGAGACUGCUGUUGCCUCUGUAAAAACAAUUGCAGCAAGUCAUCUUUGGCAGCUUGUGGUAGUACGCGCUGACUUGAAUGGCCACUUGAAGGCUCUUAAAGAUUAUUUUCUCUUAGCCAAAGGCGAUUUCUUUCAGAGUUUUCUUGAGGAGAGUCGGCAGCUUAUGCGUUUACCACCUCGCCAGUCGACUGCUGAAGCCGAUCUGAUGGUUCCUUUUCAGCAGGCUGCUAUAAAGACUAUUGGUGAAGAAGACAGAUACUUUUCAAGAGUGUCUCUACGGAUGCGUGGACUCAUGAUUAAAUCCUCCCAAGUCGAGUUGCCGAAAGUAAAAGCUAAUUCUGAAGGUGACUUUAGUGUCCAAUCAGAUACUAUUACUUCCUUAGAGAUGUCCCUCGAUGGAUGGGAUGGCAUUGCUCUUGAAUAUUCUAUUGACUGGCCCUUGCAGUUAUUCUUUACGCAGGAAGUGCUCUCUAAGUAUCUUAGGAUAUUCCAGUAUUUACUCCGACUUAAGCGGACACAGAUGGAAUUGGAAAAGUCAUGGGCUUCUGCAAUGCAGCAAGAUCACUCAGAUUUUGCCAAACGUCAUAUUGAUCGAAAGAACAGUUCAAUAUCUCCACAGAGACGGCAGCGGUUUAGACCAAUGUGGCGUGUUAGAGAACAUAUGGCCUUCCUGAUCAGAAAUCUUCAAUUUUAUAUCCAGGUGGACGUAAUAGAAUCUCAGUGGAAUGUUUUGCAAGCUCACAUCCAAAAUUCUCAUGAUUUUACAGAACUGGUUGACUACCAUCAAGAGUACUUAUCUGCGUUAAUUUCACAAUCUUUCUUGGACAUUGGUUCUGUGUCUCGGAUUCUGGACGGCAUUAUGAAGCUUUGCUUGCAAUUUUGCUGGAUGAUUGAGAACCAAGAAAACAGUGAAAAUACUGUUGAACUGGAGCGCAUAGCUGAGGAAUUCAACAAGAACUCAAAUUCGUUAUAUACUAUACUCCGCAGUAGCAGGAUUGCUGGGAGUCAGAGAGCCCCAUUUCUUAGGCGCUUUCUUUUGCGUCUCAACUUCAACUCUUUUUUCGAGACAACUGCUAGAGGGGUGCUGAAUGUUUUUUAUUUAUUGAAUUGUGGAAAUUUUCAAGAUGGUUUUGAUUGUUAG